AGACAGCGCGGACUCAUGUGUUGAUCAUAUGACCGCCUGAGAUUCAACAUGGCUCGACUGUUUCUGUAUUAUCUGUUUACAGUGUCGGGUGUUUUCGCCGGACGCUAUUUUAAUGAGAAUGACACCUGCUACAGACCCCACCCGAAGAGAAAUCUACAGGUAGUGAGAACUGGACCACGUCUUUAUGAAUACAUGAAUUUAAAGGAUCUGCCCAAAGAAUGGGAUUGGAGAAACAUCAAAGGCGUCAACUACGUCAGCACCACACGCAACCAGCACAUACCUCAGUACUGUGGGUCUUGCUGGGCUCAUGGAAGCACGAGUGCGUUUGCAGAUCGUAUCAACAUCAAGCGGAAAGCAGCAUGGCCAUCUGCAUAUCUGUCUGUCCAGAACGUCAUUGACUGUGGUGGGGCAGGUUCCUGCAAUGGUGGAGAUCAUUCUGGUGUGUGGGCAUAUGCAUACAAUCACGGCAUCCCCGAUGAAACCUGUAACAACUAUCAGGCCAAAAAUCAAGCCUGUGAUCCUUUUAAUCAGUGUGGAACCUGCACAACAUUUGGUGUGUGUAAUAUUGUGAAGAACUACACUCUCUGGAAAGUUGGAGACUAUGGCUCAGUCAGCGGCCUGGACAAGAUGAAAGCUGAGAUCUACACUGGAGGACCAAUCAGUUGUGGGAUCAUGGCAACAGAAAAGCUGGAUGCAUACACUGGUGGCUUGUAUUCAGAGUAUUAUCAGAACCCCUAUAUAAACCACAUUGUAUCAGUGGCUGGCUGGGGUGUUGACGAGACAGGAGUGGAGUACUGGGUUGUUCGUAACUCUUGGGGAGAACCAUGGGGAGAGAAAGGUUGGCUCAGAAUUGUCACCAGUGCAUACAAGGGUGGCAGUGGCAGCCAGUACAAUCUCGCCAUCGAAGAGGACUGCAUGUAUGGAGACCCAAUCCUACCCAAGAACUACCUGUAGACUACUGUGAAGUGUUCAGCACUGAGAAUACACUAUUUUAGAUUAGUCAUAAUUUUUUUAAAUAGCACUUGUGCAGUUGCACACUCUGUGCAAUAUCAGUUGCAGAGGUAUGUGUUGGAUUUAUAUAUUUUUAAUGGCAAUCUCAGGAAUAUCGUAUCAGAAAUUGUACAAUUGUUUUACUUUAAAUUCUGCAUGUGUGUGCCUUCAACCAAUGUUCUUUUUUAUUUUUUUUUUAAAUUUUCAACACGACUUAAUGAACCAAAAGGGAAAAGUAGCACCUACCUUUCUUUUAUACUAGAACUUUUGUAAAAUGGGACUAAAUAUAGGCCCUUGUUAAUUGGUCCUAUGGUUCUUGUGUAUUUUGAAGUUUAUGGCAUUUGCGGAGGGAGGUUUUUCUUUAAUGCAUCUGUCAAACCAUGUUACCAUAUGCCAAACUAAAGUCAUGACCAGAUAUAUUAUGUCUGUCUUGCGCUGUUUUCAGUCAC